UCUGAUGAUCUGGCCCACUGCUCACAUGCAAACUGCCAAGUAGCCUGAACUACUCUAAAGAAACAUGGAAGCUUUUCUUCCAGAAUUUUCCUGCACCUUUGGAUGAUGUACUGGACAGGUUUUCACACAUGACCCACAGCAGCAUUCGGUCUGACUCAAAUAUACUUGAUGCCAUCUGGGAGGUGAUAAUCAAGGACUUCACUGCAGCACAGCUGAUGAAUGCCGCUUUCAUCACUGAGUGGUUCCAGAUGAGGCUCAGACCAUUUUUGUCAUCAGUGUCCGCAGACUUUCUGUCCAGCCUCAGUUCCAAAAGCUUCAGCUGUGAGAGCUACCAGAUUGUGGUGGAAGCUCUUAGCAGUCAAGAAUCACUCAUGAAAGAGGAACAGAAGCAGUUGGUCUUUACUUCAUUCAUCUUUCCCUUCCUGUCAAGAGUUGACCUCCCAGACCCUGGCUGUCGUUCCAACACUUCUGGCAGCAAUAAGUGGCUUGAAAAGAACCUUGGCAAUUUCUCCAAUUAUGCCCCCUUGGAAAAGCUCAAAAUUCUAAAUGCAAAUUUCUCCAGCGUUGCAGUGUUAGGCUUACUGUCCAGUGAGCAGAAGGCACAGUUCAUCUUGCAGCCGGAUUCAGGAGUGUUGGGAAAUGACUCUGUGUUUAGAGAGGUGUUUAGCAGUGUGAUCACAUCUUUAGAUCGGAAUCAACUUGGCAGCUUCUUCACAGUCUUCCACCAGACUGCAAUACAAAUGAACAUGACUAGCAUUCCUUCAGCAAUAUCACACACCAUUCUGAACAUGACACUCUUGGAUCUGGUGCCUCACUUCCAAAGUUUCAGCCCAGGGGACUUUGCCCUGUGGUUCCAGACUUACCUUUCCUUCUUCCUUCCUGGGAUUGGUCCAAACACCCUGUCGAUCAUCCCCAUGAACAUCAGCUGUGACUCCUACAGAGAGAUAGUGAAAGGACUUGAUAAUGUGUACAGUGACCUCUCUGCAACACAGUCCGAUACUGUCUUCAAUUACACACAAGACUAUCUCAAGUACCAGUCCAGCCAAGCCUAG